CUCCACACUGUCUCUUCUCCUUGUUCUACUACACCUUGUCUCAUAUAUCAUGCCUCCUCUUCUGCAACCCCAUUCAUCUAUGCACACCGAUUUUCCAUUGAUCAAUGCAGCCACAGCUUGUGCGAAAAUAACAGUUACACCCCCAUUUCCCACAUAUAUGGAUCAUCAUGCCCUUCAUCUUCCAUCUAGCAACUCCCACAACUACUCUUCUCGCCAUUGCCAUUGCCUACCUAAUCCCCACACAAACCCUAGCAAAUGGCAGCAUACCCGGCCCCCUGCUCAGCCGGCUAACCGCACAUUACUACAAAGUCAUUGUUAUUAGUGGAAACAUGGCGCCCAAAUCCAUCACCAGCAGCCAGAAAUACAGGCCACUCCACAAGGCGCAGCCCUCAAGCAUCAGCAUCUCCGAUCCAAGGGGCAUUUGGAAGGUACUCAGCUCGUCCCAGUUUCACAAACACCCGUACUACAAUAUUCUCAAAUUCACCGGCACUGACAGCUUAAUAAGCACCCAGGACCAGGCAAAAACCAGCAUGAAAUGCCGCAUGCUUGGGCCCUAAUUCAACGCCACCCACGUAAUAAAAAUGAAGCCGCUGAUCCUCGACCACGGCAUUGAAAAACUCAAGCAGCUCUGGGACGCUGCUAUUGCACAACAAAAGGAGGCAAACUACUGCGAGACAUUCAAUUUCUGCACAUUCAGUAUAAUUUUGCGGCUGAUUUUUGGUCAAACAAUCGACGCCGGCGACAAACCCACUCUGCAUUGUAUUUCCCAAGCCUGUAACUACUUAUCCAUCUGCACAAUUCUGGGGUUCCUCCAGCGGCCGGUCUUCCGCCUGAUGACGUGGGCCGUGGGAGAUCCAUAAAUGACCCGAG